CAGAGGGACUUUCUCGAAAGUUUACUAUGAUCCUCGGUAGGUCUCUCAAGAGACGGGAUCAAGGACAGAAAUAGCUUGGCAGGGGAUCAGAUAUGGAGGUAGUAGAGAAGGUCCUGAGUGUGGCCCACAUCAUCUACGCCCAGUGCGAACAAGUGAAGUGCUGUAAACACCAGUGCCGCCGUCUUGUGUACCGCGUUCGCAUCCUGCUGAGGCCUGUGGAGGUCCUCAGGGCACAGCCUCCAAAACAAAUCUCCUCCCAGGUAGAAGAGACGCUGCAGCAGCUGCUGGAGACCUUGGAGAAGGCCCAGGAGCUGGUGAAGAAGUACAGCCAGACGAACUGGCUGCAGAAGUUCCUGAAAGCCAGCGAUGUCAUGGAAGAGUUUGCACGGGUGAACGAGCGCCUUGGGGAUGCUGCUCAAGGGCUCUCACUCCUGCUUCAGGCUGAGCAUAAACAGUCCUUCCUCGAGACCUUUCAGCGAGACACCCGCAGCAGGGAGGACAGCCAGGACACCAAGGAUGACAAAGCCCUCUGGGAGGAGCUGCUCACAAGAAGUACAGUGACCAAAGAUGCAGUGGAUAACGUCCACAGUGAUGUCAGACAUGUGGGAACAAAGGUGGAGGAUGUGGGAAGCAGGGUGGAAGAAGUUCGCCAAAUGAUGCAAAAGUUGCAGGAUGCAGUCAUGAAAAAGGACAAUGCUAUUCCAAGAGAGGAAAUCACUGAGAUUAGGAUGGAGGAUCUCACUAAAACCUCAUGGACCUUCCUGAUGGACUCCAAAAGCCACACGCUCUACAAAGGAGAAUUCUACAAGUACCCUGUUGCCAUCAAAGUCUUCAAAAACCCUGUGAUCACCUCCACCGAGAAGGUGAGGGAGAUUUUCAGGAAGGAGAUUGAAACCAUGAAGAAGUUUGAGUCUCCGAACAUCCUUCGUAUGUACGGUAUCUGCAUCGACGAGAGAGCUGGAGAGAGAAGGAAAAGCCCCAUGUUUGACAAGCUCUUAGAAGGUUCGAGCCCUUGUUUCUCCAUUGUCAUGGAGUACUGUGAAAAGGGGACCCUGCGGGAUGUGCUGACAAGGAAACCCCAGCUCCCCUGGGAGACUCGCAUUCAGAUGGCACUAGAUGCGGCCAGAGGCCUAUACAGGUUGCACCAGACGGGGGAGAAGUCUAAAUUGCAUGGAUGCAUCAAUAGUACCAAGUUCCUAGUUGCUAAAGGUUACUGUGUGAAGCUGUCAGGAUUUGAACUGAGUAAAACUGAGUCAUCCAUUAAGAGGAGCUGCAAGAAGAAAUUGACAGAUGUCCCUGCUUCAGCUUACAUCUCUCCCCUGGGCCUAGCUUCCCUGAGCCACAAGUAUGACAUGCCCAGUGAAAUAUACAGCUUCGGGAUCGUCCUGUGGGAGAUUGCGACCAGCAAAAUUCCAUUUGAAGGCUGCAGCUCCCAAGAGAUCUAUCAGAAAGUUUAUGAGCAACGUUACCAGGCUCCUGUUGGGGAAGAUUGCCCCUCCCACCUGCGGGAUGUCAUCAACCAGUGCCGGGCCUUUGAGCCUUCGCAACGUCCUUCUGCAGAAGAGAUUGUGGACUCGCUGAUAGCCAUCUAUGGCAAGAUAAAUACAGCAAGCUAGCUGCAAGACACAAACACAAGGAGCCCCGUGAAGAAAGCAGCCAAGUGCGGUUAGGAGCAAAGCAUGGGCUGCUCCAUCCCUGUCUACCAUGACUCUCUAGCAUGAAGGUUGUCACACUUCUCCAGCUCUGUAGACUCUGCUUUUUUUAAACAGCAUUUUGACCUGCCCUCCAACUUCGAGGGUGCAACUCUGAGCCUUUAAAGUCGUGCCUGCAAUUUUGCAUCUGCAAUUUACUGUGGACAUGGUUUAUAGCACUUAGAUGUCUCCCUUCCUGAGCAUGCUGCCAAGAUUAGAAAGCCAUUUCUAUUUCAUGUAGGGGGACCAGCCUAUCAUCCUGAAGAGAAGCUCCCUUAGCACUGUCAACAGGAUGGGGGGAGUCAAGGUGAGGCUGUGAUAGCUUGGGUGCUGGCUUUAGGUGGGGAACUAAUACUUAUGUGGAAAAUUGAGAGAGUUUGGCAAAUGGUGGUAGGCAUCAAGGUGCAGGCGCUUGUCCCUAGCACUGCAGGGGGGUUUGUAGCUGGGGUAAGGAGCAGGCUAGGUAGGGGGGUCAGUUUAAAGCAGGGGUCUCAAACACGUGGCCCACAGGCCUAUUUCCUGCGGCCUACAUCCAGGCCAAGGGUGGGCAAACGACACCCACAGGAUUGUCCCCUCAAGCCCCGUGCUGGCUGGCAUCACGUCCCUGCAGCCGGGUGGGAGGGGAGAAACAGAGGGCUCCGUCCCUGUGUUGCCCUGGCUUCCAGGCAUGCCACCCCCCAUCCCCUCCCCCGCAGCUCCCAUUGGCCAGGAACGGGGAACCAUGGCCAAUGGGAGUUUGGGGGGAGGUACCUGGAGGAGCAGCAAGCAGCAUGCGCAGCCCUGCAUCCUCCCUCCCCCAGGGGCCACAGGGACGUGGUUCCAGCUACUUCCCAGAGCCGAGCAUAGCGGGGCCGGGGCUGGAGCUGGCAGCCUGCCCUUGGCCCGGCGUGUGCUGCUGCCACCCCAGAGCCCUCCUGGACCCUGCCCCCCAACCCCCUACCCCCCCACACACACCUCUCCUGCACCCCAACCCCCUACCCUGAGCCCACUGAUACACCUUGCACCCCCUGCCCUGAGCCUCCUGCUUCAUCCCCCACCCCUUCUGCACUCUGAGCCCUCUGCUGCACCUCAACUUUCUGCCCUGAGCCCCCGCCUCAUCCCUCUGGGGGCAAGGAGUGGGUGGAGUUGGGGUGGGGACUUCAGGGAAGGGGUUGGAAUGGGGACAGAGAAGGGGUGGGAAAAGGCGGGGCCUCAUGGAAGAGGUGGAGUGGGGGCAGGGCCAGGGGCAGCGAGGGCUGUGUUUCUCAGUAAUGUGGCCCUCAGGCCAAUGAACUAGCCCUCAUGUGGCCCUCAUGGUCAUUUGAGUUUGAGACCCCUGGUUUAAAGGCAUUUGUUACUGGAGGGAGUUAUCACAUGUGAUCUUCUCCUACCCUUCCACUGACACCCAAAUUACUUUCUAGCCUCUUUCCCUCAAAGGAUUCCUGACCUCUAUCCCUUCCCCUGCACUGCCCCCUCCCUUCAUUAACCUUUAGUAUACUCCUCCUCAGUGUCCUGCAGUACCUCUCCUCCCCCAAACGAAGUGAGGCACAGUAUCCCAGCAACUUUCCCCAAAGCUUAGGCAGUUGUCAGCCCCAGCUAGUUUCCUAAGCAGUAGAAAUUAAUGUGGGGCCCAGCUACUUCUGUGUUAAGCUCCAGCACAAUGCCUCCUCCUUGUGAGCCCUGACACGCCAUAGAGCCUGUAAUAUUCCAAAUUGUAGACUUGUAAGAUGAACCCAGCAUCAGAUCUUGGCAUGCCCCAUAUUCCGCUGUCACUCAAAGCAUGCACAGUUCAAUGGGGAAGUGGGUAUCUGGGACCCAAGUCCACCUCUGAGCCAAAGAGGGGCAGCACUACAACAGAAAGAGGACUGCAGCAGAAACCUGCAUGACCAGAGACACAGUGGCUCACACGUCAGACUAGGCAUCCUUCAUACUAGUGAAGAUCAGGGGGAGGAUUCUAUAAUGAUCCCUUCCCUAAUAGUCCCCCACCCCAAACUCAACUGUCUAUCUCCCUAGUGCAGGCAGGCAAUCAUCUUCCUCUCCCCCUACAGAGGGAUGAGACCCUCAUUGCCCCAUGUUAAAAGUUGGCCUUUGCUAGAUCCGCUGCAACAGACACCUCUGCUCCGAAGGGAUGGAGGAGUGUUUAGCUAAUUAUCUCUAUCUUUGCCUGGUUGGACGCAACUAAAUAUUUGAGCCCAGGCAAGAAAACAAAACAUUUAAUAGCUAUACUGUCAGCACCCCAGGUAGCCUAGGUCAAUCUGCCUUUGGGAAUUAUAACCCCUGGGUGGUAGGAAGGUUAGUGGCAGUAGAGUUUGGACAAAACACCCAUGUGAAUAUGAGCUCAGAAAUCAGGUCAUUCUUGAAAAAUCAAGACACAGGCUGUCCAGUUACUCUAUUCCAAAUGCAGGAGGUGAUUUAGGAAUUUGCAAACCGCUGUGUAUGUUAACACUGCUAUUGAAGUGUGUGUUUUAAAUAAUAAAUGUUCUUUAUUUGAGAAACUUGUAGCUACUUGUCAGACACCACCAACUGUCAAUGCUAGCCAAAACUGUCUGUAGAAUUUGAAACAGAACAGUGUAUAAAACAGAGGUUUUAACACAUUGGUGGCACUCCUGGGACUCUUUUGUUGUCACUAUACUGCUAAUCGUGAUCACUCAGAACUUUAUGGUGGCAACAGGGUUAAAACUCUGAUGGACUUGAUCCAAAAACACCACCUCAUAACACCUGAGCUGUAGGAGAAUCUCUGUUAACAUUAUAGGGCCUAGGACACAGAGAAGUUCUAACUUCACACAGCCAG